UAUACUUUUAUUUCAGGACUGAGAAAUAGUAUUAUAGUGAGGGCGGGAUUAACACGCUUUGCUUUUGUGGUAACUGGCAAUAAAUUUGAUACGCCCAUAAAGAUUGCAAAGAAAAAAUUCAAACAAAUAAACAAAGCGAACAAACGGAACAGCUGCAGCCUUUAAGUCACCUACUCUAUAGAAAUCUUUUUUUUUUUAUUACUGCAAAGGAAAAGGAAUCAAAGAAUAAAGGUGACCACAAAACUUUCUAAGGGGAAAACAUAUCAACCUUUAUUGCAAAACGUAUUGAAACAAGGUCGUUUUUUGACUUGUCUGCAUAACCUCUUAGAUUUAGAAAAUGGCAACUAAUAUGGCAUUGUUAACAUUUAUUCUCUUUGCGACAUCAAUUUUUAUGCUGGCAAAAGCAGAUAGUCAAAAUGAAGACAAUCAGAAAUACGCCGGUAUUGCGAGAUCAUUAAAAGUUUUGUUACAAAAUUAUUAUCAGAAGCAAGAAGAAAAAAGUGAUAUUCAAAAUAUUAUUGAAAAAUUCAGUGAAUAUCAAAACACGGGAAAAAUUAUUCAAAGAAAAAAUAAUGUAAAUCCAAUGUUUGAAAAAAAAGAUGCUAUUGAACAAUGGUUAGGGGGAAGAUUUGGAAGAGCUGUUUACGACUUAUUGUGGUCAGAAGUUUCAAAAGAUCACAAGAGAAAUGAUAAAACAAAUCCAAUGAUCGAAAAAAAAGAUUCCGAUACUGAAAAUCGUUUUAACAGAGAGGCUAUUGAACAGUGGUUUAGCGGAAGAUUUGGGUUACCAAAUCAAAAAAGAAACAAUGAAGUUAAUCCAAUGAUCGAAAAAAAAGAUUCCGAUAUUGAAAAUCGUUUUAACAGAGAGUCUCUUGAACAGUGGUUAAGCGGAAGAUUUGGGUUAACAAACCAAAAAAGACACAAUGAAGCUAAUCCAAUGAUCGAAAAAAAAGAUUCCGAUACUGAAAAUCGUUUUAACAAAGAGACUAUUGAACAGUGGUUAAGCGGAAGAUUUGGAUUAACAAAUCACAAGAGAAACAAUGAAGUUAAUCCAAUGAUCGAAAAAAAAGAUUCCGAUACUGAAAAUCGUUUUAACAGAGAGUCUCUUGAACAGUGGUUAAGCGGAAGAUUCGGAUUAACAAAUCACAAAAGAAACAAUGAAGUUAAUCCAAUGAUCGAAAAAAAAGAUUCUGAUACUGAAAAUCGUUUUAACAGAGAGUCUCUUGAACAGUGGUUAAGCGGAAGAUUUGGAUUAACAAAUCACAAGAGAAACGAUGAAGCUAAUCCAAUGAUCGAAAAAAAAGAUUCCGAUACUGAAAAUCGUUUUAACAGAGAGUCUCUUGAACAGUGGUUGAGCGGAAGAUUCGGAUUAACAAAUCACAAGAGAAACAAUGAAGUUAAUCCAAUGAUCGAAAAAAAAGAUUCCGAUACUGAAAAUCGUUUUAACAGAGAGUCUCUUGAACAGUGGUUAAGCGGAAGAUUUGGAUUAACAAAUCACAAGAGAAACGAUGAAGUUAAUCCAAUGAUCGAAAAAAAAGAUUCCGAAAAUGAAAAUCGUUUUAACAGAGAGUCUAUUGAACAAUGGUUGGGCGGAAGAUUUGGAAGAACUGUUUACGAAUUUUUGUUAUCAGAAACUUCGGAAAAAAGAAAAAAAUAAUAAAGUCAACAAAAAAAAUGUUCUAAUGUAUAAAUGUGGUUAUAUAAGUACAACAAUUGUUAAUAAUUCUUUUACAUAUUUAUCAAAAUUUGUUUGUUUAAAUAUGUUUAAAUCUUAAA